GCAACAUCUGCUGCCUGUUGGUGAGCUAUGGAUGAGAUGGAAGGAACGUAUCGUGUGCUGCAGACUCCAGGGGCUCGACUCGGAACACAGACAAAUGCAGCAAUCAGUACGUUGGAGCCAGGGCAAAGCCUCUCUCUGGCAUCAUCUCAGAAAGCCCGGGGCAAAGGAAUCCAACUUACAGUCCUGUUGCUGGAUGAUGUACAGGAGCAAGUUGAAGUUGAGCAAAAAGCUUAUGGCCAGGGUCUGAUGGAUGAAAUCUGCCACCGUCUCAAUCUUGUCGAGAGUGAUUAUUUUGGCCUGGAAUUUCGCAACAGUCGGGGAAAUGAGAUUUGGCUUGAACCUGCAAAACUUAUUGUGAAACAAGUGCGAAGACCAAAGAACACAGUGUUCAGGCUUUCAGUCAAAUUUUUCCCCCCUGAUCCUGGCCAACUGCAGGAGGAGUACACAAGGUACCUGUUUGCACUGCAGAUUAAGAGGGACCUGACAGAAAACAAAAUCAUGUGUAGUGAGAAUACAUCUGCUCUCCUCGUCUCUCACCUUUUGCAGUCUGAAAUUGGAGAUUAUGAUGAAACUCAGGAUCUGGAAUACCUCAAGAGUAACACGCUGUUGCCAAACCAGAAAAUAUUGCAGGAAAAGAUUAUGGAAUUCCACCGGCAAAACAUAGGCCAGACUCCAGCUGAAUCAGAUUUCCAAGUAUUAGAGAUAGCACGGAAACUUGAGAUGUAUGGAAUUCGGUUUCAUCCGGCCUCUGACAGGGAAGGGACUAAAAUCAAUCUGGCUGUCGCCCACAUGGGAGUUUUGGUGUUUCAGGGCAAUACAAAAAUUAACACCUUCAACUGGGCAAAGAUCCGGAAACUUAGUUUCAAGAGAAAAAGGUUCCUCAUCAAGCUUCAUCCAGAAGUCCAUGAUUCAUACCAGGAUACUUUGGAGUUCCUGCUGGCUGAUCGUGACCUGUGUAAGAUCUUUUGGAAGAACUGUGUUGAGUACCACAGCUUUUUCAGACUCAUGGACCAACCCAAACCAAAGACCAAGCCAGUUCUAUUCAGCAGGGGCUCCUCCUUCAGAUACAGUGGAAGGACACAGAAGCAACUUGUUGACUACAUGCGAGAGAGUAUGAUUAAGACUACUCCUUAUCAAAGGCGGCACAGCAGAGCACGAAUCUCAGCUCGGACUUCGAGCGCAGACGUGCCUAAACAGAGUCUAUCAUUCACUGAAGGUGUAGAGGUUCCAGGCUCCCCGUCUUCAGCUGCUAUCUCCUUUCAAUCCAUCCAAUCUGUACAGAAGACUCUUGUUGACAGUCAGCCUAUUCACCCUGAAAAUAGCAACGUUCUCCUUGUCAGCAAGCACUCUGCUCGGAGGGCUCCCUCAGAUGUGAAGAGGAGUCCAACGCUGGAAGAUUCGUGGAAGACUUCUGAUCGGCCCUCUCCAAUCUCCUUGCAAGGUAGUUUAAUCGACAGCCUGCAGCUGUCUCCUCUCACCACGAGGAGUCCUUUGAAUGUGCUACUUCCUGGAUCCCAGGUGUCCAACCUGGAUUUGCCCAGUCAGUCUCAGUCACCAUUGCAGAGUCCGAUUCUUAGCGAUGCAGGCAGUACGAGGGUGGAUGAUGAAGACGACGACCGGAGGAAGCGUUGCCCAGCUGACAAGGCUUACUUCAUUGCAAAAGAAAUCCUGACCACAGAGAGGACGUACCUGAAGGAUUUGGAAGUCAUCACUGUGUGGUUCAGAAGUGCUGUUAUUAAAGAGAAUGCAAUGCCAGAAGGACUAAUGACCCUGUUGUUUUCCAACAUUGACCCUAUUUAUGAGUUUCAUCGUGGAUUUUUGAAAGAGGUUGAACAGAGGCUGGCUCUUUGGGAAGGAAGGUCAAAUGCACACGUGAAAGGAGACUACCAGAGAAUCGGCGAUGUUAUGCUUCGGAACAUGUGCACUCUCAAGGAGUUCACCGGUUAUCUACAGAAAUAUGAUGAAGUUCUAAUGGAAUUGGAGAGAGCCACCAAGCAAUCCAAGAAAUUGGAGGGUGUUUACAAAGAGUUUGAGCUGCAGAAGGUCUGUUACUUACCUCUGAACACAUUCCUGCUGAAGCCAAUCCAGAGGCUGAUGCAUUACAAACUCAUCUUAGAGCGACUCUGCAAACAGUAUCGCCCUGACCAUCGAGAUUACAGCGACUGCAGGAAUGCGCUGAAGGAGGUCAGGGACAUGAGUGCCCAGUUACACAGCAGUUUAAUCAGGUUGGAGCAUUUCCAGAAACUCACGGAGCUGCAGCGAGAUCUUAUUGGCAUUGAGAAUUUGAUUCUGCCAGGAAGAGACUUCAUUCGGGAAGGCUGUCUCUAUAAACUUACCAAAAAAGGCCUACAGCAGAGGAUGUUUUUCCUGUUCUCUGACAUGCUGUUGUACACGAGCAAAGGAGUGACGGCCAGCAACCAGUUUAAAGUACAUGGGCAGCUUCCUCUAUGUGGAAUGAUACUAAUCGUGCUGGAACCCCCGGUCGAGGAGACUGAGAAUGAGUGGUCUGUUCCACAUUGUUUCACCAUAUACUCUGCUCCGAAGACAGUUGUUGUCGCAGCCAGCUCGCGCGUGGAGAUGGGGAAAUGGAUUGAGGACUUGACCAUGGCCAUUGAGGUGGUGAAGAAAUCAAAUGAGAAGAGAGACACAAUGCUGGAAAGCAACAUCUCUGAUUGUUCAAACCGAUCUUCAGACGAAGUGUCACUGGAGCAGGAAUCUGAAGACGAUACUCACUCCUCCCACAGUUCGUUGGAAAAGCAGACCCACCACCGUGCCAACACCACAAUGCACGUGUGCUGGCAUCGCAACACGAGUGUCUCCAUGUUGGACCACAGUGUUGCAGUGGAGAACCAGCUCUCGGGUUACUUGCUGAGGAAGUUUAAGAACAGCAGUGGGUGGCAAAAACUUUGGGUUGUCUUCACCAACUUCUGCCUCUUCUUCUACAAGACACACCAGGAUGACUACCCCCUUGCUAGUCUUCCUCUGUUAGGCUAUGUUGCAAGCAUACCCACAGACAAUGACCGCAUCCACAAAGAUUAUGUCUUCAAACUGCAGUUCAAAUCUCACGUCUACUUCUUCAGAGCGGAGAGCGAAUACACAUUUGAAAGGUGGAUGGAAGUUAUCAAGAGUGCAACCAGUUCUCCAGGACGGAUGGUCCAUCUCAGCCAGAAGGAUGGUUGGUUGGGCUGAAAUAUUUGAAGUGCCAUCACCUGUAACCUGGAAAUCCCUGUGCUGACAUUCAUAUCUGGACAUCCUUGGAUUGGAGGUCGUUUACAAUGCAACACCAUCUGGGAAGGAAGUGAACUGACUCAUCUCAGCCACUCAGCAUUAGGAACAGACCUGGUCACCUUUCAAAGGAAUACACCACUCGCAUGGUGGUGGAAGAAUAGGUUCCCAGGGGGGAGCUAGGUUGGGUCCGGGUUGUUCAUUUAAUGUCUGCUUUUCAAAUGAAACCAAUUCCAUUCCUGCUAUUUAACGGUUUGUUAUUGUUUUGUCGAGGGAAUUCUCAUCCAGCAUUUGCAAUCUACCAAAGGAGUUUCUUCCUAUUUAAUAAAUAACUUUAGAACC